UUCAGACACCACACAGUUUUGCUGCUUGUCUAAGGGAAUGUCUCACGGUUUCAAACAUAAAGAAAAGCCCUACAGUGACCCUAAGAAGAGUUCAAAAAGUAUGAACUGUGCUUAUAAUGUGCCUAAAAUUAAAGAAAGUUUCAAACAUAAAGAAAAGCCCUACAGUGACCCUAAGAAGAGUUCAAAAAGAAGACAUGCUGGCACCAAAGUGAACCUUCUUCUUCUGGGAAUGUCUGGGACUGGAAAGAGCGCCAGUGGGAACACCAUCCUUGGACAGAAACUCUUUGUUUCUAGACCCAGUUCAAAGCCGGUCACCAAAAAGUGCCAGAUGGAAGAAACUGAGAUAGAAGGUGUACACUUACAUGUGAUUGAUACUCCUGACAUCUUUGAUGAUGACAUGAAAUCAUCAGUUAGGGACAAACAUGUAAAAAGGUGCAAACAGCUCUAUGAGUCAAGACCCUUUGUGUUUGUACUUGUGAUGCAUGUGAGCAGAUUUACAGAUGGUGAGAGAGACAUUAUGGAAAAAUUAGAAAACGCUUUUGGGAGAGAAGUUAGAGAAAAAACAAUUAUCCUGUUCACCCGAGGAGACGACCUACAACAGGCAGGAAUGGGGCUGGAGGAUUUUUUACAUACCUGUCAACCUGAUCUGAAGAAAAUACUUGAAAAGUGUGGCAACAGAUGUGUUCUCUUUGAGAACCACAGAUCAGAUUCAGCUCAAGUGGAAACGCUAAUGGACAAUGUGAUCGGGGUGAUAGAAGAAAAGCAAACAUGAUGACUUCAUCUAUCAGAUCAGAGCACUAAAAUGCGUGCCAUUUCCUGUCUCAGGUAAUAAAUAGGUUAGGGAAUUAGUCUGGUUCUCAGUGACAUAUAUUGGAUUCAUAAAUAGUUUUCUCUGUCUUGUUGUACAACUCCAACGUAGCCUACAUCCAACCAAGAAGCCUUGUAGCCUCCUGCUUCAUGUCCCCUGUUCCUUAUGUUUUCUAGUCCCUUCGUUUCUAUGGUGUUUCAUUGUAUUUUUAUGGAGUUUGGUUUUCCUUCAAUAAAAUAAUACCUGCCUGUCUG